AUGUGUUCCAUUUGGUUCUCAUCUUUCUUCUCGUGCAUCUUCCUCUUGCUCUCCCUCCUAUCAACAAGCAAUCCACGCUUCGCGGUCGGAGCCAACCAACUAAACCGUGAUGCAUUCCCCGAGGGCUUUGUCUUUGGUACUGCAGCCUCCGCCUACCAAGUCGAGGGUAUGGCGCUCGAGGGCGGCAGGGGACCGUGCAUAUGGGAUGCAUUCGUUAGGGUUCCGGGUAUAAUUCCCAACAAUGCCACUGCUGAUGUAUCAGUUGAUGAAUAUCAUCACUACAAGGAAGAUGUCGACAUCAUGAAGAAGUUCAACUUUGAUGCAUAUCGGUUCUCCAUCUCCUGGAGCAGGAUUUUUCCAAAUGGAACUGGAGAGAUUAAUUGGCAAGGCGUAGACUAUUAUGACCGGCUAAUCGACUACUUGAUACUGCAAGGCAUUACUCCCUAUGCAAAUCUCUAUCACUACGAUCUUCCAUUGGCACUUCAUAAAGAGUACCUGGGUUGGGUGAGCCCCAAGAUCGUGGAUGCAUUUGCCAACUAUGCAGACUUCUGCUUUGAGAGGUAUGGAGAUAGAGUCAAGAACUGGUUCACAUUCAAUGAGCCCAGGGUGGUGUCGGCUCUUGGUUAUGACAACGGCCUUCAUGCCCCUGGAAGAUGUACCGACUGUAAAGUCGGAGGAAACUCAACCACAGAGCCUUACAUCGUCACUCAUAAUAUCAUCUUAUCACAUGCAGCCGCAGUGAAGAGAUAUCGCGAAAAGUAUCAGGUAGAUCAGAAAGGCAAAAUUGGUAUUAUUUUGGAUUUUGUUUGGUACGAGCCUCAUACGCACUCAGCAAAUGACGAAGCUGCGGCCCAGAGAGCCAGGGAUUUCCACCUUGGAUGGUUUCUUCACCCUCUAACAUAUGGAUACUAUCCAAAAUCAAUUCAAGAAAUUGUCAAGGACAGGCUUCCUAAAUUCACCGAUGAUCAAGUGAAGAUGGUGAAAGGUUCAUAUGAUUAUGUUGGUGUCAACCAAUACACAGCUUACUACAUGAAGGAUAAUGGAGUCACCAAUCCCAAACCUGUCAGCUACCAAGACGACUGGCACGUCGAAUUCAAAUAUGACCAAGAUGGUGUCCCUAUUGGACCACGGGCCAACUCCUACUGGCUCUACAUAGUUCCAUGGGGAAUGUACAAAGCUGUGACCUAUGUCAAGGAAAAUUAUGGCGAUCCAAUCAUCAUCCUCGCAGAAAAUGGAAUGGAUCAGCCAGGCAAUGUCACUCUACCAGAAGGUUUGCGGGACGCAGAGAGGAUCAACUACUUCAAGAGCUACAUCACUGAGCUGAAGAGGGCGAUCGAUGAUGGUGCGACGGUGAUCGGAUACUUUGCAUGGUCUCUCCUCGAUAACUUCGAGUGGAGGAUAGGUUACACUUCGAGGUUUGGUCUGGUUUACGUGGACUUUAAGACCAACAUACGGUACCCAAAGCAAUCAGCCUACUGGUUCAAGAACAUGCUGAAGAGGUAG